AAAAAUAGAAUUAAGAGGGAUUGUUCAAAUUGAUUUUGAUUUGAUUUGAUUAGAUCUUGAAGCGGAGUUAUUAAUUCCAUGGCCACAGUUACCUCUAAAUCAUUUUUUCAUCAGAAAUGACCAUUCUAUCUGAUUGCAAAUCGAAUGAUUUGUAGUUAAGAUAACCUGUUUUUCUGAAGGUGAGGAUUGUGAUGAUCACACAUGUGGGCCAGGCGAAUACAAGUCAUAUACGGCUAUCUGUCAAUUUGCCAUAAUAUCUUAUCUGCAGUGCAAUGUUAACAUCUGGUUCUCAGCUACCGCAUUCCUGUCUUGUUAAAAGAAAAAAAAAUUCAUGGCUUCCAUCUCUCUCAAAUUUCAUAUGCAUGCUACUAAUCUUUCAACUGAAUUUCUGCAAAAUAAAACCCUCUUCUAUUCUUUUUCAUAUUCUAAAAUCACCCAUCGAAGUCUUGAUUCCCAAUUAUCUUUCUUGCCUUUCCAUGAUGCGCGCCCCUAUAAACCCAAAGCUUCCUCUCUGUCCAUCCACUCUUCCUUAUCUUCCUUUACCCCGCCUUCAUCCAAAGAAGAAGCCGUCCUUCAAGCCAAAACCUGCCUCUCGACUACCCUAGAAAAGCCCCUCAAUAACCCUAAACUUGCUGGUAAACUCAAGAAACUGAAGCAACCCAGAUUCCAGGUCGAAAUCCCAGUCAUCGAUGACUCGCCAACAUCCCUUUCCCAACUUGCUUUUGAUGUUUUUGAAGAGCUACCCAUUAAAAGAAAGGGUUCCAGGAUCAAGAUUCUAAUACUCUGGCCUAGCCCCACGUUGAAAAACACUGCAGUUGAAGCAUUUCAAUCUCAGUCAUCAAACAAUGUUGAGCAAGUUGACAUAUCCUCAGUUAUAAACGGUGAUCCUAGAAUCUUUGGCUUUACUGACGUAGCUGUGUUCGUGGCGCCAGAGAGUUCACAAUUGGCAGCCAUAAAAAGCAUAACUGACAGUUUGUACCCAAAGCCAGUAGUGAUAUUCAACCCCGGAUGGGGUUUUGAAGAGGAGAGCGAUUUUGGUGACUUGAGUGGCUUUGCAGGCUCUUUUGAGGUGAUAUAUUCAUUUGUAGGGUUGGAGGUGAGGGGUGUUUUGAGCAAGAGAAGAGGAGUUGUUUUCAAGUGUGUGAGAGAUGGGGUUGUGAGUGGUGAAAGAUGGACAGUUCUUGUUGAAGAAGAAGGAGAAAUGAAAGUGGUUUCCAGAUUCAAGACCCGGCCAUCCAUAGGUGAAGUUGAGAAUGUUUUGUAUAAUUUGAUGGCUAUUAAUUCGCCUAUAACAAAGUCUGCCAAGUUUUUUAAGGAUCUGGUGUCAAAUGUAACAGGAAGAAAGAAAAUUUAGGGAAUGAGGAUACUGAUUCUGAUUCGUGUUUGUUCUUUUUGAAUGAUUGACAUUUCUUUUGAAUUGUGUCAUUGAAUGCAGACUUCCUUUGUGGUCUUGACCACUAAAUACAGCAUUUGAUUGUGAACA